UGCCACCUGUCAGUGUCCAUCAAUGCCAGCUGUCAGUGCUCAUCGGUGCCACCUGCCAGUACCCAUCAGUGCCACAUCAAUGCCACAUAUCAGUGCCUACCAGUGCACAUCAAUGCAACAUAUCAGUGCCCAUCUGAGCUGCCUUUCAAUGCCACCUAUCAGUGCCAGUCAGUGCCACCUAUCAAUGCUGCCAAUCAUCAGUGCCGCCUUUCAGUGCCAGUCAGUGCCGACUAUCAGUGCCACCAAUCAGUGCCACCUGCCAGUGCCUACCAUCAGUGCCACCUAUCAAUGCCAGUCAGUGCCACCUAUCAGUGCUGCCAAUCAGUGCCACCUAUCA